UAGCUUUUGAGCCCAGAGGCCCCCGAGAGGCAGGGGGCCGAAGAUCGCUUGAGGCACCCUGAAAAAUCCAGGGCCAUGAGCAGCGAGGUCACGCCGCAGUUUCACGUGAGGUUCAUCGGGAACACCUCUGCAGAAGGACAUACCACAUAUGUCAUCAAGGUGACGAAUUCAGAUGGAGCGAGCUGGAACGUGCAAAAGCGCUACCGCGAACUCCGGGAGCUGAGUGAUGAGCUGAAGCUCCGAUAUCCCGACAACCUGCCUCAGUUUCCGGCAAAGCGCUUUUUUGGGAACAAUGACCCUGCUUUCAUUGCAUCCCGACAGGCCGCACUGGAGCAGUACCUGCUGGCCGUUCUAGCACUAGAGCCAGAGGUGAAGACCCCUGUGCUGCGUCAGUUCCUGGGAGGACCGCCUCUCUCAGCCGAACAGACUCCUUCCAAACAGCACACAGAGGUCUUGGAAAGUAUGGAACAAAAGCUGGUGAACUUCAGCCUUCCUCCAGCCCCCCUUGAUGAGCCGGAGAUGGCUAUGAGAGUAAAGAAGUAUGGCGAAAGCAUGAAACUGAGCGUGCUUGCGCAGCCAGUGGAUCCUGUGAUUCUGAGGGACUUGGGUCUGGACAGUGAGGCAGCCAUGACUCCGCAGACUCCGCUGGCAGAUCCUAGCAAGCUGAUAGCUCAGUUUCCAAACUUGAAGAUUUCAGUGAAGGGCAAUGAAAGCGCUGCAAAAGGCGGCGAAACUGCCAAGAAGUAG